AUGUACCGCGCCGCCGGGAGUCACCUCCGCUCCCUCAAGCAUCAUGGUGCUUCUAGGUUUGCCAGCACAAGUGUUGUGAAGCAGUCCUCAGGUGGUCUGUUCAGCUGGCUUCUUGGUGGAAAGUCGAGCGAACUCCCUCCCCUUGAUGUUCCGCUCCCAGGCAUUACCAUUCCCUCACCUCUACCAGAUUUUGUAGAGCCAUCUAAGACAAGAGUCACUACACUUCCAAAUGGCGUCAAGAUUGCCUCGGAGACAUCAUCGAGCCCAGCAGCAUCUGUGGGUCUGUACAUUGACUGUGGUUCCAUUUACGAAACACCUGCUUCAUCUGGAGUAUCACAUCUGUUGGAGAGAAUGGCUUUCAAGAGCACAGUGAAUCGGACUCACUUACGGUUAGUUCGUGAGGUAGAAGCCAUUGGGGGAAAUGUCUCUGCAUCAGCUUCCCGUGAACAAAUGAGCUAUACCUAUGAUGCUUUGAAGAGCUAUACACCAGAAAUGGUUGAAGUUCUCAUUGACAGUGUGAGGAAUCCAGCAUUCCUCGAUUGGGAGGUCAAAGAGCAGCUCCAGAACAUAAAAUCUGAAAUAGCUGAUGUGUCUGCUAAUCCUCAAGGUCUACUUCUGGAGGCCCUUCAUUCGGCUGGAUAUUCCGGGGCACUAGCAAAACCUUUGAUGGCUUCAGAAUCCGCUGUAGACCGAUUGGAUGUUAGCAUCUUGGAGGAAUUUGUUGCUGAACAUUACACUGCUCCCAGGAUGGUUCUUGCAGCAUCAGGAGUUGAGCAUGAUGCGUUGGUUUCAGUUGUAGAACCACUUCUGUCUGACCUUCCGAGUGUGAAACGUCCUGAAGAGCCGAAAUCUGUGUACGUGGGAGGGGACUAUCGCUGCCAAGCAGAUUCUCCAAGCACACACAUUGCACUUGCUUUUGAGGUGCCAGGAGGAUGGAAUCAAGAGAAAACUGCAAUGGUUGUGACGGUGCUUCAGAUGCUCAUGGGAGGAGGAGGGUCCUUCUCUGCUGGCGGACCUGGAAAGGGAAUGCAUUCUCGAUUGUAUCUCCGUGUCUUGACCAACUUCCAACAGCUUGAAUCAUUCUCUGCUUUCAACAGUGUCUAUAACAAUUCGGGCCUUUUUGGAAUUUAUGCAGUCACUAGCCCAGACUUUUCAUCGAAGGCUGUGGAUUUGGCAGCAGGGGAACUCCUGGAGAUUGCGACUCCUGGAAAAGUUACACAAGAACAGCUUGAUCGUGCUAAAGAGGCAACCAAAUCUGCAGUUCUGAUGAACUUGGAAUCAAGGUCUAUAGCAUCUGAAGAUAUUGGAAGACAGGUUCUGACUUAUGGGGAAAGGAAGCCCAUUGAAUAUUUCCUGAAAACAGUUGAGGAGAUCACUUUGAAUGACAUUUUGUCAACUGCAAAGAAGAUGAUGUCCUCACCGCUCACAAUGGCGUCGUGGGGCGAUGUUAUUCAUGUUCCUAGCUACGAGUCUGUCAGCCGCAAGUUCCACUCGAAGUGA